CAUUCAAUAACAACGAUUCAGACCCCUCGCACCGGAUAUAUCGUGGGAAUGCUCUGGAACUCGAGGCUUCUAUUUGGGUACUAUUCAUGUAAUUACGUAUCACGUUGCGUUCCCAAUUCAUGUUUGCCAAGCCUUUUCCUCACUAAGAAGAUCAAUGUUUUUCAGUUCUCCCUCCACACUGACUGGACUUCCCUAAGUCCAGUAUCGAUCGGUAUUUGCUCCUGUGGUUUAGCCUAGUGAAGCUUUCAGCAGUAUACAUAUCCUUGAUACAGUUCUGAUUCCAGUAGGACAAGAAACCAAGGACGUUGUGUGAUACGCACUCUCAAGAGCCGGAUGAUGGAACAACAACGAGAUGGGUUAUUGUGAUGCAUAUUCAAAUGAUAAGAGGCAAAUUAUGAAGGACAGUGAUGUCAAAUUUGUCGGUUUAGUUUUAGGACGUGUGUAAGUACUGAGAUCUUGAAGUCUCGCUUACUGUGUAAAACAAAACAAUGAAGGCUGUAGGCUGGCUACAUGUGGAGCCUGGCCACACGCCUCCAAAAGGGUGUCCCAAACAAUUGAUAUGAAGUCUGGCCUUAACUUGUGCAAUGAUAGGAGUAGCGGCCCAAGUAUCUUCUUUGGUCAGUUACGGGGAUUGCGAGGAGACUCCGCCACACUCUAAUCAGGGGAAGGAAGCGAGUGUCUGGCCCCACCAAGCCUGCCAAGUACAAUUUUGUUACCAUAUAAAUCAGCCUUCCAUCUCCAACUCACAUCACGUUGAAAAGCAUCCUUCAAGACAUUCCAAGCAUAAACCAAACUGUACCAAUUUCCAUCACGAUGGAAGUUCCGGACCUCCCCACAAUCCUUUAUGCGCUCACCACUCUCCUGGCCAGCUACCUGAGCCUCCAAUGUUUUACACCUCCAAAUAAAAAUCCCAGUUCUGCUGUCCCAGACCGUAUCACACCGUUCACUAGUCCAACAUUCAUCCUUGUUCGUCGCCUUAGCGUUGUCCUCGUUGGUGUGCACCACGCGAUGCUUGUCCUCAACCCAGUCUCCCCAUCUUACAUCCUAUGUCCCAAUCCUGCCAGCAUGAACCUGUCAUUGUUCACCUGGACGCGACACUCGGCAAUCUGCUUAGCCUUGAUCAUUGUCUUUGCGCCCAUGCGCCUCCUUGCAUUUGCACAACUUGGCAAGAAUUUCACAUUCAAGCUCGCCAAGCCGCAGAAACUGGUCACGACCGGAUUAUACGCCUAUGUACAGCACCCGUCGUAUACUGCCAAUGUCAUCGUUGCGGUGGCCAAUGUGCUUUUGUUUGAGAGACCGGAUGGCUUGGCGGGAUGCUGGCUGAGUGAGGGGGUCGCGAAGAGUGCGUGGUGGAGUGUUGUUGGGUGCGGCUUGGCUGCUGCGGCGGUUUAUGCUGCAAGUGUUAGAGUUGCGGAUGAGGAGAAGAUGUUGAAGGAGACCUUUGGUAAGGAGUGGGAGGUUUGGCAUCAGAAAACGAAGAGGUUUGUGCCUGGCGUGUAUUAA